UCCUUGCCUCACGUGUUUCGGUCGUUUCUUGGUUUGUCGCUAUCAUUGAUUUUGUUUAUAGCGCAAUAUGUUGAUUGUGCACCUGCUGCUCUGGCCAGCACUUAUAGCCAGUGUUCCCCCGCCGCACUCCACAGGAAAAAUAGCCGAGGUGGCUAGGCUGCGGGGCGAACUAGAGAAAGCUCUGGAUGAAGGCGACGAAGCACCUCCAGGAGUGGUGGUGGCACCUGCAUGGACCCAGAGGGCCGACCACUCAGCCUCUAGAAAGGCCAGCAAAGUGGUGGUGGACCAGACCUCGCUAAAUGGCGCCGCUGCCAUUCGCCAGGAGAUUCAAAAGGCGGUAGCCACGCAAGGACAAAACUCAGAGGUUCUCCAGCUGGAAGCGCAGCUGAAGGCCAGGGGCAGCAGCAAGGAAAUUCCCGCCCAGGUAGGCAGUCCGCGCCAGGAGUUGUUAGGUGCAGCUGGCCAGGAUGGCCAACUGAAAGCCAAUGUGGUCGAGUCGCACGCUGCAUCGCAGGGCAUCGAUCUGGAGCAACUACAGCGCUUGGAACUGUCCAAGCGACGCACUCGCGACAUGCUCAUUCUAAGCCGCAUCGAGGAACUUCUUAACUUUAGCCUGCCCGCAGAUGUGGAUCGCUGGCUGACCCUCCAGGCCAAUGGCAGCGUUUACCUAGUGGGUCAGCAGGCCGAGCGUUUUUUGGUGCUUACAGCAGACUUUAGGCCUCUGCAGAGCUAUGACCACCCUGUUCCCGUGGCAGCUUUUCUUGAACUAGACCGCUGGAACGGCAGGAAGCACGAGCAGGAGGGUCUGCUGGUGGUGGCCUCCAAGGAUCAGCUCACCUGGCUGCGCUUGGAACCCAGUCUGGGACUCAAGGCCUUCUGGCAUUGGCCCCUGGGCAUGGAUUUGACAAAGAUAAGUGCCUUCAGCCUGGAUGGUCGGGAUUUUCUCGCCCUCGUCGGAAACCACACACUCAGCGUCUAUGCGUACGACCUGGAGGCGGAGGAGUUCUAUAUUGCACAGCGUCUGCAACUGGCGGAGGAGAUCUCGGGCUUGGCUGUUCUCGAUACGGGCAGAGAGUUGCUCCUGGCUGUGGGUCAGCGGGACGAGGUGCUAAUAUACGUUUGGGGUUCCAAGGGGGAGCCGCUGCAACUGCGCCAGCAUAUAGGAGCACCUAAGGUGACUGCAAUCACAGCCUUUCAGAUGGGCGGACGCUGCUAUCUGGCGCUGGGCGGUAUCCUGCCCCAGAUACUGGUCUACAUGCAGGGCCAUCUUGUGCCGCGCACCAUUUUUGGCCAGAACUUCGGCUUUGUGGAGCACUUUAUACCCGUUCCCGUGCGCAGUUAUCGGGAUGACCUGCUGCUGCUCGUCCAGCACCGAGUUGCCUUUGAUCCGCACUACCUGGUCGUCCUGGAGGUACUGGUCUGGAACGGAGAGGCCUUUGAGGCGGGCUUGCCGCCUCAUUGCGGGGGCGCCUUUGGCGCAGGCUGCAUGCUGGACCAGGAAAGGGCAGCUGGUAUCGCGGGAGCGGCUCUGCUGCGUCACCCGGAUCAGCCGCCUUCGAUCCUGGUGCCCAGGAAACUGGCUCCCUCGGGAAUUUUCCGGCUGGAAACACAGCUGCUGGCGAGAAAUUCCGAGGCACAGGACCUGCAGGAAAUUCAAAGCUUCAUGAAGGAUUGGGUGGAAGAGCAGGAGAAGAUGAUCCAACUAGCUGAAUCCCUCCUAUUGGAGGAGGACAGUCAGCAUUACGAAAGGCUAUCCGCUCCCCUGGUUAUCCGCGAAGGUGGAACCGUUGAAGAACUCUUUGUGAACGAGAAACGCUGGACAGGAGCAGAUGCUUCUGUGGAUUUGGACGAGUUGAUUGAACAAAUUCGCGUGCUGGACAAGGAACUAAGUCGCAAACGAUCGAAGCGUCAGCCUGAGGAGCUAUAUAAAUUUCACUACGAAAAGCUGGAGGUUGAUGACAUCGAAUCUGAGGAGCUUAUCUUGGAGCGGCUUAAUAAUGAACCUUACUAUAUCCAAAACGGCUCCCUGCAGUUGCCAUCGGGAACAUUAAAUGUGCAGCAAUUGGAAGUCCUGGAAGCUCCGAAAGAGGAUCUUGUUCCUGUGGAGGGAACUCAAUCUCUCGACUCUCUGCAUCUGCCUGGUGACUUGCAGUGCACAUAUAUAAAUGGAAUGGAGUGGGACAAACUGAUCGAAGAUCUGGUGUGGCGCCAUAAGCCCUUGAAGCUAUCUCAGUUAAAUGUGGAGGGGCCAGUUAUCUUCGAGGAUGCUCUGCAGAUAAAGUUUCUAAACGAGCUUAGCUUUCCGAAUGACUUCUUGUGGUCGCAGGGCAAUGAGACGAGUGUCAUCCAGGCCCCCAAAGAGUUUACACAAACGCUCUCUGUGAAUGCCUUGGACACGUCCGGUACCAUCAACUCGAUGAAUCCGCUGGAUGUGGUUACUCUUAGUGAUUCUCAGGACAUACCGGGCUGGGUGACCUUCUCUCAGCUAGAGGUCUCCGAGGAAUUGGAGCUGAAUGGCAGUGCCCAGGGACGCCAGUUCGAGGAAGCUCCUUUGAAUCCCUCGCUCUUAGAGUCGCGUCUUAUCCAUGCCGACUGUCAUUUCGACCAAUUACUGGUGCUUGGACCUGUGCGGCUGCUUGGGAAAUUGGACAACGACAGCUUUGACUCCCUGCUGGGAGACAUCGUCCAGCGCUCCUCCGACUCCGACCAGGAACUGCUAAUAGCUGGAGCCAAACGGGUGGAUCAGCUGGUUCUGCCUGUGGAUGCCCACGUGGCGGAUAACCAGCUUAGUGGAAUCCCCGUGGAUGCCUUUGUGACCAAGCACACAACACAAACCCUUUCGGAUGUGACCCAACUGGCGGGAUAUGUUUAUUUCCACCAGCUGGAGCUAGCGGAUGACUUCUCCUUUGAUGGAGUUCGCCUGAAAGAACUUCUCUCCGAAGGUGUGCGCGUGGAUGGGCCAAAUCCCCUGAGCUCACCUCACACACGUCUUCGAUUCAUUGGCCACCCACCGGAGUUCAGCCGCCUGCAAGUAGAGCACAGUUUGAACCAGGUGCCGCUCUCCACCGGCUACCAGCUACUCCAUGCACCGCUGUAUCUGGAUAAGGCAAACUUCAGUCGCCUGGAGGUAGGGCAGGCCCAAGUGGACCAUGAUGUUACUGGAAACGCUCUGCUCAAUGGGCAAAACCUGGGCAAACUGCUUCGGGAGCCUCGACGCACCUUUUCGGGCGAUGUGCAUGUUCAGGAGUUGAUUCUCAACCAGGGAGUGCAGGCAGAUCAGCUGCAGGGCGUAAAGGCAGACCUUUUGCUGGACUUUCUGCAGCAGCUUGAUGAGCUGCCACUGCUGAUCCUCCAAGGACGCAUCCAGGUUGAAAACAUCACUGUCAGCGGCUCCGUGCAAGUGGCGGACACCCUGAAUUCGAAAAAUUUCGACGAGCUCCAACGAAACGUAGUGUGGUUGGAUAGGCCCAAUGAUGUACAAGCGCGUUGGACCCUAAGGGACCCUCCCCAUUUCCAGCAAGACCUUAACAUUCUCGGCAACUUCAGCAAUCGCCAUCUUCCGGAAUUUCUAGACGACAUAGUGUGGCGCGUCGACGACGAAGGGCAGGAGGUUCGCAUCGAGGGCACCAAGACCUUCUUGGCUCCGGUUUACGCGAAGGAACUUCAACUCGAUGUUCUGAAUGGGAUUCCCUUCGAGUUUCUGGCCAACCAGGUUAAUCCGCUAAACCUCUCGGGAAAUGUGCGUCUUCAGGGGCGACUAUUCGUGCAGGACCUGCAGCUCAAUGGCCAAUUAAAUGAGUAUGCAGACUUGCCCACACAAUUAGGGGAACUUCUACGCUGGGAUAACACCAUGGGAAAUUUCAUACAGCGGGGAGUCAUUGAACUUCCCAGGAGGCAACUAAACAAUCUGGUGGUGCUGGGCCACCUGGGAAAUCGCAGCGGUGAUCCGCUUCCGACGCUUUUUGACCAGUUGAUCUUCAAGGAUGAGUCAGGGAUUCAUGUGGAGGGCCACAAAACCUUUACGGGACGUGUCCGAAUCGAAGACGGGGCCUACAUCAACACCUUGAAUGGUCUCGAUUUGGAUCAGCUCCUGAGGCAGCUUAUCUUUUUAGAUUCGCCGGAGGAAGUUGUCGUUGAUACACCAGUUCGAUUUGAGGGUGCCGUUCAGAUGGACCAACUGCAGGCCAAUCACCUCGUGCUCUCGGGGGAACUACUGAAUGGAUGCAAUGUGACCCGGUGGCUCACAGACACGAUUCGUGUGGACCGCGAUUUUAAAGGAUCGAACAUGAAAUUUGCACAGGGAUCACUGGAUGGAAAUUCCCUGGAAGUGGAGCAGCUUAAUCAAGUGAAUCUGUCGCGAGUUGUCACUCUGCACACAGAGCAGCACUUGAGUGAGCCCCUGACGGCGGACGAGCUGUUUCUUGAUGGACACCUGAUGGUUCGUGGCAGCGUCGAUGGGCGGAAUCUCUCCGAGGAGUAUAGCAACACUUUAAUGACUAAUCCUCUUACGGAGCAGUGUGUAGAAACGCCCCUGUUCAUGUCCAGCCUUAAUGUAACCGGGUCUCUGGAGGUGACUUCUCCCGUGAAAGGUCUUAACCUGAGCGAUGUAGUCACUCUGGGCGAAGACCCCGUGCGUCUGCAGUCGCCGUUGUACUUUGACACCCUCCAUGCUCCGUUUUUGCAGGCGGAUCAGAGCCUGAACGGGUUCGACUUCAGGGAGUGGUACGAGGGAAGUUUGUGGGCGCGGGGUCGGGAAAAGCAGGAGAUAACCGGCAACUGGCGGGUUAAGGAGCUGCGUGUGAAGCAGGCAGAUGAAUUUCGAGCACGUCGACAAACUGUAGAGGAGAACUAUCGUGAGUGGUGCGAGGGCUUGGCCAGGAUUCUGCUGCCCUACCAAGUUCAGAAGCUGCGCAAGAGCUUCAUCCUCAAUCAGCAAAAGGAUGAGAAGGAUGUCCGCCGCGUAUUUGCUUUGGAGGAUCCAGGAGGCGCCAGUUAUCUGCUUAUAAACGAGCACGGCUGCUGGACGCGCAUCUAUAGGUGGAAUGGAUCGGCAUUCGACCCAUCCGGAGCCUUCCAGAGCGGACCGGUGGACGAGGUCGCUGUCUUAAGAGAGAGGACCAAUGGCUCAAGCAAGGAGUUCGCCUUUAUGACCACUUAUGAUAUGCAGGGGAAUGACCAAACGGCCGGCUGGAAUUGCAGUGAAUUAAAACCCAAUGUACUCAGCUGGCAGAUGAAGAAAUCAAAGCACACUGAGCAGCUGGACAUUCCAGCAGACACCUUGAGGACUCUUAAGGAGCAGAAUGAACAGCUUAGGCAUUUUCCACCGGCGAAUCCCAACAACCAGCAGGCCGUCAAGUACCUCAAACGUCCCACCAUUAAAUCCCAGCUCGGUUCAAGCUGGCAAGAGCAGCAGCAAGAAGUGGAUCCCGCAGAGCUGGCCGGGGUACGCAGGCGACUGUUGGAGAACCUGGAGUUCCGAUUGCAGACGGAGGUGAACAUCACUCAGCUGAGCAUCCCGGAGAGCGAUCUAUUCGACGAGCACCUGGUUGAGGAUUUCCUGCAGCUUAUGCGUCAGUUGCGCAGCUUGGGGCGACGCCUGGACACAGACACUCUGCCACUGCCGGACACUCCGGCCAGGGUUCUGGCCGCCCGAAGUGCCCAGCUCAUCUGGACCGCUCUGCAGGACUUGCGAGGGAUUUCCGGUGGGAGUGAAGCCGGGUUCCAGGAGGCAGUUCUGGAGCAAACGGUGCUGGAUGUGCUGGCGUUGGCCAACGAUGGCAACAAGUCCGCGAACGACGAUAAGCUGCAUGCAGUGAUUCAGAGGCUAAGAAGGCUGAAGGAUGAGCUCCAUCAGUCAGAGGAGAACCAAGGAGGGGAACCUGCAGGCUCCCCUUCGGAAAUAGAAGAGGAGUACCUGACGCUUCCCAGUGGCGACUGGCGACCCGUUGAAACCAUUCGCUUGCACGUGGGACCGGCCAGCAGGGCUCAGCUGCUGUACGCCCGCCUGACCAUGCCGAUGCCCUCGGAUGGCCCUCCUCCGACCACGCCCUCCUCGGCCCCAGCCGCCCACAUCCAGCUGCACCACGCGAACGGAUCGCUCUUUCAGACACUGACCGCGGAGCGAGGGACUCGCCAGCUGACCACCUUGCGGGUGCGCGACGAGACGCUGCUGGCCUUCGUGGAGGGGUGCUGCCGAAUACGGGUGCUCAUCUACCGCGGCGUGCAGGGAUUCGUGGAGUUCUCUCGCUUCCCCGCACCUGCCGAAGGUGGAGGUGUGUUGCAGUUGCUGUCUCUGCGAUUGCCCCUCAAUCGGUCGCCCGGAGCCAUGUACUCCCUCGCUGUGGUCCAAAGGCGGAGCGUCACCUUCUACGAGCUGGUAAUAGCCGGACUCCUAGAACCUUGGCUCAAGUGCCCAUAAAUGUGAUGGGAUUGGAAUUCGUGUAACGAAUUUCUUUGUUAAAUUCUGUUUGCCUGGAUCCUUUAGAUUGGUCUGUGUUAGCUGUUUACAUAUCUUGCAAAUAUUAUUAUGGAUAAUAGCUGCUUUUUUGUUUGUUAAUAUACCGUUGAAUUGUUAUUAAUGUUAUUAAAACUUUGCAAAUACAUAUAUUCUUGAUCAGCAUCACGUUCUGAA